GUAGCAGGCAGUCUGGAAAACUACUGUGUAACUAACAUCUUAGGAAGAAGCUAAACGGCAUCAUUUAAACAAAAUUAAUCCAAAACAGCACAGUGAAGGAGCUGCAACUUCAAGAAUGGCUUUCAAUUCGUUAUGCAAAGAUGACUUACUGCGCCCCAGGAUACGAAGCACUUUGAGCCUGACCCCCAGAAGCCGGAGCAGUUACCAAACGCCAUCUCUGACAGAGCUUCAACGCCUGCUGUGGACACACAAACCUUCCACUGGCCAUGUGAAUGAAGUCUGGCCAAACCUCUACGUGGGAGACUUAUAUACAGCUCGGGACAAAGAGCAGCUGCGCCGAAUGGGUAUCACCCACAUUGUGAAUGCUGCUGCUGGCAGAUUUCACAUUGACACUGGAGCGAAAUUCUACAGAGACCUGCCUGUAGAUUAUUAUGGAAUAGAAGCUGAUGAUGAUCCAAAUUUUGAUCUCAGCAUUUACUUCUAUCAAGCUGCCAGAUAUAUAAGAGCAGCGCUGAAUUCUCCAAGAGGCAGAGUAUUGGUUCACUGUGCAAUGGGGAUCAGCCGAUCAGCAACGCUUGUACUUGCUUUCUUAAUGAUUUGUGAAAACAAAACCCUUGUUGAUGCAAUUCAGGCUGUGUGUAAACAUCGAGGGGUCUGUCCCAACUCUGGCUUCCUCAAGCAGCUUUGGGAACUAGACAUGCGAUUAGCAAGGGAAAAAGGAAGAGGAAUAGAUCCCCUCAGGCUUUAGAUGGGGGGGACGUCUUCUGAUUAUAGACCAAGAUAUAGAGGUUGCCUCCAGGAAGAUUGUACCUCUGGCAAGAUAGAUGAACCCGGACUAUGCUGUCAUUGCCUGGAGAAAUCCAUAUGGAGCGAGCAGGGAGAGUUUGAAAUUUCACCUCCUGUGGAAAUACAAGCCAGAUCCUCAGCUGGUGCCUGUCAAUGUCGUUCCACUGGACUAAUGCCAAUUCAUACCAGCUGACCAUCUGGCCCCUUCAUUGGAUCCCCUCCUUCCCCAGCAAACCUUAGUGGACU